CCCUCACGGAAAACUGUGGCAACUGUGGUGUGCAGAUGCAGAGAUGCGCGACACAGAAAAACAGGGAGAAGCGAGGGAAAUGGAAAGACGGGACAGGGAAAGAGAGUGACCGCUGAAUAUAAAUCAUCUGAGAUGCUCCGACACACCGCGGAACACGGUCUUCGCUGCGCACUUUGGAGAUAAAAACGCGACGGAGCUCGGAUCGCGCAUUGAUCCGAAUACAGGGGACGGGAGGGGUCGAUCAUGGGGAACGAAGCGAGCCUAGAAGGAGGCGAAGGGCCGCCCUCUGGGCUACCGGAGGGGCUGGCACCUGACGGGAAGGGCGGCUUUGUCCGGCUCCCCGACGGCACCCCGGUCAACCUGAGUGAACUCAGCGAGGAGCAGAGGAGGCGGCUUGCCGCGGCCAUGUCAAGGGCGCAAGGCAGGCAGCCCGGAGGCGCAGCAGCUGCAGCAAGACCUUCAGAAUCUGAUGCCCAGCAGCGAUCCCAGCAGGUAGGGGCCUCCAGGGGCCCAACAGGUCUCAGUAAGAGCCGAACUGUGGACGCCUUCAACCAGGGUCCACUCGGCAAGUCCACACCAGGCCGUAGCCCUUCGUCCCUCAGCCUUUUUGAAUCCCGAUUCCGGCAGGAGCCAAAAGACCCUGAGACCAAGUCAUCUGGCAUGUUUGGCUCCAGCUUCCUCAGCGGGGCCAACCCCCUCAGUGCCGUGUCGUCUAUGACUUCCUCUGUCUCCUCCUCCAUAUCGUCCAUGGGCGAUGCUGUCAACAUCCCCAAGUUUGGACUGUUUGGGGAUGAGGAGGAGGGAGAUCCAUCUGCAGCACCUGAGUCCAAGCAGGGAGGAAAGCCACCAGGGAAGGGCCCUCAGCAAGGGCCAGGUCCAAAGGGACCACAGCAGAGAGGACCCCAGAAACAGGGUCAGGGCCCCCCUGGGCAGGGGCCAAAACCGGGGCAAGGACCCUCUGGGCAGGGACCCAGGCAAGGUCAGGCACCACCAGGCCAGGGGCCCAAAUCAGGCCAGGGUCCUCCUGGCCAGGGACCCCAUGGCCAGGCCCCCAGGCAAGGUCAGGGACCAUCAGGCCAAGGACCUCCAGGGCAACAGGCCCCCAAACCAGGUCAAGGACCACCGGGUCCAGGUGCCAAACAGGGUGGUCCUCCCCCGCAAAAAGGCGGCCCCCCACAACAAGGACCUGGGAAGCCUGGACCCAAGCAGCAAGGUCCACCCAGCCCUGAGUCUCAUCCUGGGGGGCCGACUAAGAGUGGAGGGCCUCUUGGUCAGCAGGGGACUGGAAAGACUGGAGGUGGACUUUGUCCAUUGUGUAAGACCACCCAGCUGAACACUGGGUCUAAGGACCCGCCUAAUUACAGUAAAUGCACUGGGUGUAAGAACCAGGUCUGCAGCCUCUGUGGGUUCAGCCCCCCAGACUCGGCGGGUAAAGAGUGGCUAUGUCUGAACUGCCAGAUGCAGCGAGCGAUGGGAGGUAUGGAUCCCCCUGGCAUGACGAAGCCCAAACAAGGCUCGGCCCCGCCUUCACCCCAGAGACAGGCACCUGGCAAGCCUGGCAAACUGCUGAUGAAGCAGCAGAGUACUACCGACCAAGGAUUAACGCCACCAACCACGCCUAAGCAGAAAUCCCCAGGUUCUACCUCUCCAGGACCUCUUUCCCCGGGAUCCUCAGUAGGAUCCCCCAAAAUUGAUCCCAAGACAGGUCGCCCCAUUCAGCAGAAGUCAACUCCCCAGCAGUCUCCAGCUAAGCCCAAACAAGAGUCCAGCUUCUUUGGGGGGUUAGGAGGUAUCAGUUUAGGAGGCCUGACAGAUGCAGCUAAACCUCCUGCGGCUGCCUCACAAGCUGCCGAUUCCGUUACAGGGAAACUGUUUGGCGGUUUUGGUGGUUUGAUGGAAUCGUCAAAGCCUCAAGCACAGUCUCCAACAAAACAGGAGGAGUCAGUGGCUGGGAAGUUGUUUGGAGGUUUUGGAGGGCUGACAGAAUCCGCAAAACCUCCCGCUGCUGCUUCUCAGAUGUUCAGCUUUGGAUCGUCCCUCUUGAACUCAGCCACCAAUCUUGUCACCGGAGAGGACGAAAAGGCAGUGGAUUCUCCACCUGGGUCACCUCCAGAUUCUCCUGACUCUGGACCGGGUUCUCCUCCUGACUCAGGCCCCGGCUCCCCACCUGACUCCCCCUUCUCUGCGCCUGGAUCUCCCCCUGAUUCGGACUCUGCUCCUGACACCCCACCUGCCAAAUCCAGGAAACCCCCCAGAACCCUUUCUGUGGAGCAGGAAGAGAAGGCCUCAGCGGCUGAUCCUGCACCUGCCCCAGCCUCAACAACCAAGGAAAGCUGCCCUCUCUGUAAUGUGGAGCUGAACAUUGGAUCAUCAGACACGCCCAACUACAGCCUCUGCACUGAGUGCGAGAAGACAGUGUGCAAUCUGUGUGGAUUCAAUCCCACUCCUCACUUAGGAGAGAAAGAAUGGCUUUGCCUCAACUGUCAGACCCAAAGAGCCGUGUCAGGCCAGCUGGGAGAGAUGCCACCUCCAUCCAUGGCUUCCCCAAAGAAGCAGCCACCUGCUCCUGCUCCUGCCCCCUCUGCCACCCCUACCCCUGCUGCUGUAGAUAGCAAACCUGUAGUAGAAGCAGCAGACCUAACCCCACCAGCUCCUGAGACCAAGGUGAAAAUGGUGGAGACCUUGAAAGAGCCUGGAGAGAAAGAAAUGGCCGCAAAGGAGAGCAGUCCCACCAGCCCAUCAGAUCUAGCAAAGCUGGAAAAUACAGUCCUUCCCAUUCUUGAGGCCCAGGCAAGCACACAAUCAAAGGAUGAGGAGGAGAACCUAACAGACACCCUAAAAACCAGACGUAAAUUAGAGGUCAUUCCUCUCUCACCUAAUUCGCCUAGCUCAGAAGAUGACAGAGAACUUUCUGAGAAGAAUACCAAAGGUACCACAAAGAAAAAGCUCCUUGUGCCCAUGGAUGUCAGGGCAGAUUCCCUGGAUGAUAGCAGUGAAAGCUUUGGAAAAGAGAGCCCGAUGUCAGGGGAUGAUGAGGAAUUUAUCCGAAAACAGAUAAUGGAAAUGAGUGAAAAUGAGGAUGCUUCCCCGUCUGAUGAAGAAAACCUAAUCCAGCGAAAGAUCAGAGAGGAUGAGAAGAAACGAAUGGAACAGAAGAAAACAGAGGCUGUAGAGAGGAACACAUCAGGAAAAGUCAGGCGACUUACCAAGAAAAGCACUAUAUGUCCAGAUGAUGGAGAAGAUAAGCAACUCCAUGGCUCAUUGGAUAAACUUGAUAUAGACAAAAAGGAGGGACCAGAAACAAAAGAAGAGGAGCAUCAAAGUGGUACUGCAAUUCGCAAAUUCCAAAGUAUGGAGCUGAAUGCAACCAGCAGCCCUAUGCGCAUAACUAAUGAUGAUGGAGAGCCUGAAAUGGAAAGCCUUACAGACUCUCCAGAUGAUCGGUCUAGAGGUGAGGGGUCUUCCAGUCUACAUGCAUCCAGCUUCACCCCUGGGACAUCCCCAACCUCCCUCUCAUCACUGGAUGAAGACAGUGACAGUAGCAGUCCCAGCCAUAUCCGUUCUGACGAGGGUAAACAACACAGGAAAGCCAAACACAGACAACCUGGUCAAAUGCUGCCAACUAUUGAAGACUCUUCUGAGGAAGAAGAGUUGCGGGAAGAAGAGGAGCUGCUCAGGGAGCAAGAAAAACAGAAAGGUUCUGGGAAAAAAUCCAAGAAAGACAAAGAAGAGAUUCGAGCCCAUAGGAGGCGAGAGCGUCCAAAGACACCACCAAGCAACCUUUCCCCCAUUGAAGAUGCCUCGCCAACUGAAGAACUGAGGCAAGAGGCUGAAAUGGAGGAGAUCAGACGAUCAUCCUGCUCUGAUUUCUCCCCAAGUAUUGAAUCAGAUUCUGAGGGGUUUGAAAUCCAUGCCUCAAAGAUCGCAGCAGUCCAGAAAACUUAUCAACUGCCUACAUCAGUAUCUCUUCACUCCCCAACAGAUGAUCAAAAUACUGAUAAACAACAGAAAAAAACUCUUAAAUCUGCUGAUGAGGCUUAUGAGGAAAUAAUUCUGAGGGCUAAGUCUCCAACACUUGACAGAGGUGAGAUUCAACCAGGAAAAGAGUCCCUUUACGGAGGAAUGCUCAUUGAAGACUAUGCGUAUGCCUCUCUUAUUGACAAUUCCACAGCUGACCUGGGAGAGCCAGAGAAGAUUGUUGUUCCUGCUCAGCCCAAAAAGCUGAGAUCACCAGAUGAAGUUUAUGAAGACAUGAUAAAGAAGAGGAAGGAAUUCAUGCAGCUAGAGCAUGAAUAUCAAAAUAUGCAGCCAAAAAAGGAAAGCACUAAUCCAGAAAUUGUGUUGCAACCUGCUGAAAAUACCCUCACCAAAAGCAGUACGUUAACACUGGGAAAAGAUGGGAAGCCAUUGUUGGAUGCUGAAACUGCCUAUGAAGAGCUAAUGAAAAGAGUUCUGACUCCUGGAACAAGUCCAACUCAGCAGGAGCCAGAAGUCGAAGCCACUGCAUCUAGAAGGGCACUCCACCCCAUCCCAGACUUAAAGGUGACACAGUGCUCUUCAGGAGAGUUGUCUUCUGAUGAUGAGAGUAUAAUUAAAAAGGAAGAGGAGAUAUCUUCUGUAUCAGACACGACAUCAGCAAAAGAAACUGAGCCUGAUACAGUGUUUUCUGAGUCUCUUCCAUCAUCCACAUUGGAUCAGCAACCUCACACCACAAUCGUAACAUCCCAGGCUGAUGUUGUGGACUUAUCUAGUGCACUCCAAAGAAUGUCAACUUCUGUGAUUGCCAGUGUAUCACCCUUGCCCACAGUCCCCCAGUACACACCCAGUAUUCCCAGUGUAGUGUCAACCGCCCCACCUGUGCCCCCGAAGCCAAGCGUCUUGCGUAGGGCUAAUUCUCAGGAAAAAGCAGAAGUACCUGUUGCACCACCACUGCCUCCUCCCACCCCCCCAAAACCUACUGUUUUUCCCAGGAAACCUCCAGUUCCACUUCCACCUCAGGCUUCAGCAACUCCAGUCAGACCAGAGGCAGUUGCUAUGACUACAGCCCAAGGACCGCCUACAAGACAAGCAGUUACACCAACCUACAAACCUCAUGUUCCCCCUCCUGUUCCCCGAAAGCCAUCCAUUCCUGCUGGGAUUGCUGAUAGCCACAGACCAGGUCAUGGUGUCAAACCGCCAAUUGCACCAAAGCCUGGCUCACAGCCGUCUUCACCCGCCCAUGCCCCCCAUCCACCAAGACCCACUGUACUUCCCACUGGUCCUACAGAAAUAGCCCUGAAUCUGAGCCCCUCUUCUGAGAGCAAGUCGUUUCAACCCUCACCAAAGUCUCCUUCUUCUCCAAGAUAUGCCAGCAAUCUUCGUGACACAUAUGUGGUCAUCACACUGCCAUCUCAGCCCAGCUCUCCAGUAGACAGUGUCUCAACUCAAGCUCCCUCUAGCCCUGGCCCAGCAACUCCUUCACACCAAGCUCAGCCCCAAAGUUAUCACCAACCACAGCCUCAACCUCACUCAUAUACACAGCAGCAUCCACAACCAACCCCUCCUCAAACAACCAGGGUGCCUCUGGCAUACACACGAGUCACAGAAUCCAUUGAAAGUCAAGAAAUUUGUGGCCCAGAAAAACAUGUAUCUAGUUCUUGUCACAUAUUUGAGGCUAUAUCUGCCUCAGCGCAGCCACCAGUGGUUAUGCCUAACCUCAUCUCUCAGGUGGUCACCACAGAAGUCCAAAGGACAACUGUCUCUGUUGUUCAUGAAAGGACACCACCACCAGUGCCAGCUCCAAGGGCAAAUGGUGUCCCAAUCUCGAUGGAGAAACCCAAGCCCCAAUUGCUUGCACAGAAUGGACAGGCCUUCCAACCUUCUGAGGUCGUAGAUCUUAGGACUAUGAAGGCGGACCCCGAAUCAGACAUGAACGGGGUUGAUCUGUCUGCUGGCCUAGACUCAAGACGCCAGUCCUUUGUGACUGAUGUCAAUCGUCAGAUCAGUGCAGUGCAGUCACCUGUGGUCAACCUCAGUGUGGAAUCAUCUACUGUUUCUAUAGUGACUGAUAGUAUCACCAUUGUGACCUGUGCUGCAACAAUUCAGCAAAGUGACAAUGUAGAUACCUCUCAAGCAUCUUCAGUGCCCCUUCAGCUAACAAAAAAUAAAGCAUUUGAGCCUGUCUCUCAAAUCAGAUAUCGGCCAAUUGAUUCCCAGCCCUCCACUCAUGUUGGUACAGAGAUCCCUAUUAACCUCUCAGUUGGAUCAAGCACAGGUGGAGGAACUUUCCAAACCACCCCUGUCACUAUUGCACCAACUUCCGUAGCAAGUUGUGCUGCCAAUGGAUUAUCUACAGGUACAACCACAGUGGCAGGAGCUGUUGACCUUACCACAACAAAACCAUUCAACACUAUGGUAUCAGUGGAUGGUGCUUCUACAGAAGUGGUCACAGCUGUAAUCACAGAUGAUGAUGGCAAACCAGUGGAUCUGACCGCAGGAAAAAGAGCUGUAUGCUGUGAUGUUGUGUACAAGCUACCAUUUGCUGGAAGCUGCACUACUCAGCAACCUACCACACCUCUGCCUGAAGACCGUUUUGGAUAUCGUGAUGACCAUUAUCAGUAUGACCGAUCACCUUACGGCAUGAGAGGUUUUGGUGGAAUUAAACCAUCGAUGUCAGACACUAACUUAGCAGAAGCUGGCCUUUUCUUUUAUAAGAGUAAGAACAGCUAUAAUUUCAUCGGCACCACAGAGGGUGCAGUAGAUCUUACCUCAGCAAAGAUUUCUGAUGCAGGUGAAGCUGUUGACUACUCCAAAAAAGGGACUUACGCAGGAAUGACAAUUCCACCCUAUUCCCAAGCCAGAGUUACAAGUGCUGCUGGUACACUCUUUGGUACAAGCAGUGUUUUAAGGUCAUCAAAUGGGGUGGUCUAUUCAUCUGUGGCAGCACCAAUCCCAUCUACGUAUGCCAUUACCACCCAACCCGGAUCCAUCUUUAGUACAACAUACAACACCCUGUCAAGUAUGCAUACCAGUGACACCAUGCCUUCCCUGUCCAACCUCCAGAACUUGCCACUUACACGAUCCCACAGUUUCCUGUCCACCAUUUCCACUACUGCAACAGAAGAACAAGGAGAUACCCCACUCAAUCUGGAGAUCUCUAGAGUGGGUACUACUGCUGCCAAUGCUGUCACCACAGCAACAACCUCUUUAUCCCUUGACACCUACACUGAUGCGUCCCUGGAGGCCAUAGCGGCUUCACUGGAAGCUCUGUCUUCACCCAUGGUUCCUGGUGAUGGCCAGUAUCAUGCAGAACGCGAGAGGCUAGAGAUGGAGAAACUCAAGCAGCAGCGCCUCGCUGAGGAAUUAGAAUGGGAGCGCCAGGAGAUUCAGCGGUUCCGUGAGCAAGAACAGCUCCUGGUACAGAAGGAACUGGAAGAGCUGCAGGCCAUGAAGCAGCAGAUCCUGGCCCAACAACAAGAGGAAAGACAGGCUCACCUAAUGAUGCAGAAAGAAACGUAUGCCCAACAACAGCAGCAGCUUGAGCAGAUUCAGAGACUCCAAGAGCAACUGCGUGUGCAACUGGAAGAGCAAAAGUUACGUCAGAUGUACCCAGUUGGGGACAUACCACGGCAUGGCCUGCAGGAGGCACUUGUCUUAGGACCCGAUGGCACAGUGCUGGCUCGAAAAAUCACAGAUAGUGGGUGCCAGACAGAUGAAGAGGAUGAGGCAGUCAGCAAAGCUUACACAGCAGGGAGAAAAAAGAAAAGUGCUAAAAAGAGUGUUGACAGUUGUGUGCAGACUGAUGAUGAGGAUCAAGAGGAAUGGGAAGCUCAGACCAGAGGUCGACAAAGCCGGCCACGCACGGCCAGGGGUGAUAGGGGUGGACAGUCAGAGAUGUCGCUUCAAGCCCAUACUGAGAUUUCUAUACAAACAGAUACAGAGGGGAACAUUAGAAUGGACACCAGGAUGGAGCUAUCAGAUUCUGAAAGGACCUCACCAAAGAAAAGACCUACCCCCUUAGAAAUAGGCCAGUCUCCUAACCUCAAAGUUGAUUCCUCUACGCUUCAAGCCCCUCCUAAAUCUCCGAAAGUACUCUAUUCCCCCAUAUCCCCAUGCAUAUCCCCUAGCAAAUCCCUUGAGUUUGUGUCCUAUGAGAAAUCACUGGGCGAUACAAGCCCACAAAAACUAAAAGGAAGUACGGAUCCAUCAAAAGCCUCUCCAGUAAGUCCUAGGGGACCAAAAGCCAUGCAGAGAUCCAUGUCUGACCCUAAGCCUAUGAGUCCAACAGGAGAAGAAAAGGCAACAUCUGGCACCCAGUGCGGUGAUAGCUAUACUGGGAAAGGCUCAGGUGGCACACCAACAGGCACUCAAAAGAAAGUGAAGCGGACUCUUCCCAAUCCACCCUCAGAGGAUGAGUCAACGACCAGUGGCCAGACAGCAUACAGCACUGGUUCUGCCCGCCGAAGAAUGUGCCGCAAUUCCAACAUGGCACGUGCCAAGAUCCUACAAGACAUUGAUCGUGAGCUAGAUCUGGUGGAACGUGAGUCUUCUAAGCUCCGCAAAAGACAAGCAGAGCUAGAUGAGGAGGAGAAAGAGAUUGAUGCCAAACUUAGGUACUUGGAGAUGGGCAUUAAUCGGAGAAAAGAUGCACUACUGAAAGAGAGAGAGAAGAGAGAAAGGGCGUACUUACAGAGUGUUGCUGAGGACAGAGACUACAUGUCAGAUAGUGAGGUUAGUAACAUCCGAGAGACUAGAGGUGGGCGUGGAGGUGGUGAUGAUGAAGAGAUUGAAGGUCAUGGUCUUGAACGUCCUAGGACAGCUCCUCAGUCAGAAUUGGAUGACUUUGUCCCACCUCAAACCAAGCACGAGUAUGGAAAGUACUCCCAGUAUCAGUACCCUCAAAGCCAAUACCAGCAGACUCUCUACCAGACUCCCCAGUCCUACCAGUCUCAUUCGAUCUAUUCCUCUGUCCCCUCGCUCACUAGCUCCCAGCAGCAGAGUUACCACCAGAUGCUCUUGUUGCAGCAGAAAGCUGCCAGACAAGCAGCCCUCCUCUCAGAGCUGGAUGCAACUAAAUAUGAUGUCAUUAGUCGCCAGCCUGAUCCCACAUCAUCAGCUUACCUGGGAGUCAAGUAUGACAAAUAUGGCAAUCACCUUGACCUCAGAGCCUUGGAGGUGGGUAGUAUAGCAGGUAGCCCCGUGUCAGCUGUUUCUGAUUCCUAUUACACAGAUGUAGAUCACCAUACACCUCGGAGUUACAUGCUGCUGGAAGAUGCUGCAGAACUGGCUAAGGGCUCCACAGGUCUGUCUUCAUCUUAUAGUCUGGCUGAGAGGGAGCUAGCUAAGGCAGAAAAGCUGCUGCGAAGGAGUGCUGCAGAUCUGGGGUCUACCGACUAUCUUGGAUCCACUUCCAGACUCCAUACUUUUGGAAAGACCCCUGAUGAAGAGGAUACAAUGGAGGAACCAUAUGAACUGAAACUCCUGAAGCAGCAGCUCAAGCAAGAGUUUAGGAGAAGUACGGGUGGGACAGAAAACUUAGAACAACUGACAGGUCUCUCCCAGCACUACUAUACCCCAAGCACUGGGAUCUCUAGUUAUUCCCAAAGACACUAUCCAAAGUCAGAAAAGUACAGCAUUAGUCGACUUACUCUAGAGAAACAGGCAGCUAAACAACUCCCAGCAUCUAUGUUGUACCAAAAACAUAAGACUCCACUAUUAGAUCCUAAAAUCUCCUCCAAAUAUUCCUCUAUUACAGACAGCAGAGGUCUGGAAACAGACUAUACCAGCUAUCUGGGGUCUACCAGUGCAUCUCCAAGAUCCAGCCGGCUUAUGCAGGAUGAGAUUACCUUUGGCCUUCGUAAGAAUAUUGCUGAGCAGCAAAAGUACCUUGGGUCCACCUUGGGUGCCAACUUGGCUGGGUCACUAAAUUUGGGCCAGAGCUUGGGUUUGGACUCUGCUUAUCCUAGUGGUAGCCGCUCAAGACCCUCAUCCAGGCCCACUUCUUGCUAUGGCCUGGACUUGUCUAUCAAAAGGGACCCUUCCAGCUCUUCACUGAGGCUUAAAGGGGACAGUGAAGCAUCUGGAGAUGGACCAAGCUAUCAAACCCCCUCUGGUCGCACCAAACCCACAAGCCUUCCUAUUGUGCAAAGUGGACGUGGCCGAAUACCCAUAGUGGCCCAAAACUCAGAGGAAGAGAGCCCCUUGAGCCCUGUUGGGCAGCCUAUGGGCAUGGCCCGUGCAUCAGCAGGACCUCUGCCACCCAUCUCAGCUGAUUCAAGGGACCAGUUUGGUUCCUGCCUGUCCUUGCAGGACUCCCAGCAGCAGCAACAUAUCAGGGAAGAGCCAACCAGGGGUAGGGGUUAUGUGCUUCUGGAUGACCUUCAGGGCACCAUGUCAGAUAGUGAAGCCUACCAUCUUAGAAGAGAAGAGACAGACUGGUUUGACAAACCAAGAGAUGGGCGUUCAGAGAACGGGCAAGAAAAAAGACAGGUGAAACAGGAAAGAAAAAACACACACACAUACUGUACACACAGACAUCGUAGUAAAAUUGUGUGUCGACCACAGGGAAAAGGCCCAUACUACCCCUUCCCUCACCUCAGGGUCAAACUACAGCGGGAUCCCAAAGACCGCAGUGUCUCAGGAAAUGGUCUGGGUAUCCGCGUGGUUGGAGGGAAAGAGGUCCCUGGCAGUAAUGCAGAUAUCGGAGCUUAUGUCGCCAGAGUCCUACCUGGUGGAGCUGCAGAACAAACAGGAAAGAUUCUUGAAGGAAUGCAAGUCCUGGAGUGGAAUGGUGUUCUUCUGACGGGGAAAACCUACGAGGAAGUACAAGGGCUCGUCGGACAGCCGUGUAAUGAUGCAGAAGUGUGUGUUAGACUUGAUCUCAAUAUGCUGGCUGAAUCCGAGGGUUCCCAUCACCUGGAUUUCCAGGAGCACAGCAAAGGUGACAGACCUCCCAGGUCUCCGGGUGUCGACCCCAAGCAGCUGGCGGCUGAGCUGCAAAAAGUGUCACAGCAGCAGGCUCCCAUGUCCACCUCUUCCUCAGGCCUGCCCACCACCACCUCGGCGACCUCCAGUCCCGCUCAGCCAGGAUCACCAUCCGUCAGCAAGAAACGCCACAGCAGCAAGACUGCAGAGGGAACAAAGACCCAGUCCCACCCCAUCUCUGGAGAGAUACAGCUGCAAAUCCACUACGACAAGCAGCUUGGCAACUUGAUCGUUCACGUCCUGCAGGCCAGAAACCUUGCCCCGCGGGACAACAAUGGCUACUCUGACCCCUUCGUUAAAGUGUAUCUCCUGCCAGGGAGAGGUCAGGUCAUGGUUGUCCAGAACGCCAGUGCCGAAAACAAGAGGAGGUCCAAACAUGCGGGCAAGAGUCUCAACCCCGAGUGGAACCAGACUGUCAUCUAUAAGAACAUCCACCUUGAGCAGCUGAGGAAGAAGACCCUGGAGGUGAGCGUCUGGGACUAUGACAAGUGCUCCUCUAAUGAUUUCUUAGGAGAGGUCCUCAUUGACCUGUCCAACACCGCCCAGCUGGACAACAUCCCGCGGUGGCUCCCCCUGAAGGAGCAGAGCGAGGGGGAGCACCACCGGCGCUCCCACUCAGGCCAGGGCCGGCAUAGUUCCUCUAAACCCUCCUCACAGCACUCCUCCCCUAAAACCUCUGGCUUCUCACAUGAUAAUCAGGACUCCCCAAAAUCAUCCGUCAUCAAGAGCCGAAGCCACGGGAUCUUUCCAGACCCGGCCAAGGACACGCAGGUGCCCACUAUCGAGAAAUCUCACAGUAGCCCUGGCACAUCGAAGCCUUCCCCGUCCGAGGGCCAGAGCCAAAGCCACAGCCACGGACACAGCCAACAUUCUCGCUCGCACGGCGCUUCACGCUCCGGCAAAAGUGCCGCACGGCAACACCAUCAGGACAGCGGCAGUGGGAGCAGCGGAGGCGCUGCCAUAGCAACGGGCGAAGCCCCACAGCAGUCACAGCAGCAGCCGCCACAACGCCUCCAACCAAUCAAGCUGGUUACCAAGGUGAAGAUAAACCGGUCUCUGAAUCUCCAUCUCGCUCCUCCCCCUUCCAUCUUGAACUUUGACCCCCAUGACCCUUGUUUCCUGGCGUUGACCCCCCGACAUCUGACCUGCGCCUCCAAAAAACAAACACAUCCAGGCCAAAGAGGCCACCUCUCACUGAGGCACCAGAGACACAGCGUAGUGGGCGUACUUACCAUUCAGAGAGCCCAGUCCGAUUGGCUGCCUGCCCUGCCAUCGGUUGUGUCGGCCAAAGGGAGCAGAGCAGACGGCAGACACCUGACCCUCAGGAAAGCCGUGUCAGAAGAGAGGCCGCAGAGCACCGGAGCUCGGUCGAGCUACAGAUCCAGCGAUGCCCCAGUCACGGCAGCCUCACUGGACAGCGGCCUGAGCGGCAGCGCUUACAGCCUAUUGGACGAAGAAGUAGAGGCAAACGAAGUGGACAGUGCCAUCUUCCAGGUGCCCCGAUUUGGAAAGAUCCCAAACGGCACAGAUGUGAUGAAAUCAACAAUGGGACACAGUGAUGCUGAAGGUAAAUCCCAGGUAAUGGGGGAGAUAAAGAUUGCUCUGAAGAAGGAGAUGAAGACGGAGGGUGAGCACCUGGUCCUUGAGAUUCUUCAGUGUCGCAACAUCACCUAUAAGUUCAAGACUCCAGACCACCUGCCUGAUCUUUAUGUGAAGCUUUAUGUGGUGAAUAUUGCCACCCAGAAAAGGAUCAUCAAGAAAAAGACCCGGGUGUGUCGUCACGACCGUGAACCCUCUUUCAACGAAACCUUCCGUUUCUGCAUGAACCCCACCGGACACUCUCUACAGCUGUUCCUGGUGUCCAACGGUGGCAAGUUUGUGAAGAAGACCCUGAUCGGGGAGGCCUAUGUUUGGCUGGACAAAGUCGACCUUCGCAAGCGAGUGGUGAGCUGGCACAAGCUGCUCGCCAGCACCGCCCAGAUCCACUCCUAG